AUGUGGAGAUUCGUCCUUCUCUUGGUGUUAGGGGUGAUUGCGUCUUCGAAUGCAGGGAAUUAUGGCCAAGUCCGACGCCAGGGUAACAUAGCUGAGGUGCUGAGCGAGGGAGGCUUCAGCACACUCCUUCAGCUGGUCGAGAGAGCUGGACUUGCUGAGAGCGCCGCUGAGGGAGGUCCUUUCACCAUCUUCGCCCCUACUGACGAGGCCUUCGCUGCUCUCGACCCGGCCCUGAGGAACUUUCUCCUGACGGACGUGGAGGCGCUGACGACCGCUCUCUUGUACCACGUCGUCCCCGGCAGCGUCGUCGGGUCGGCUCUCGAGGACGACCUGGAGUUGGGGUCCGCGACGGGUUCGGUUCUCAAGGUUAACGUCGUCGGGUCGAAUCCUCGGGAGGUGACGGUCAACGGCGUGAGAGUUCAGAAGGCGGACCUCACAGCGAGCAACGGCGUGGUUCACGUCAUUGAGAAGGUCCUCCUGCCUCCUAAGCUGACCAUCGUCGAAGCCCUUGCAGGAGACGGACGAUUUUCAACACUAGUGACAGCCAUCAGUCUCGCCGACUUGUUCGAAACACUUGACUCAGGAACGGUGGACAGCUUCCUGCAGGACAUCCCAGCUAUCCGGAAGGGCCUUCUCCGCCUCGUACUCCCUUCGAGGUUGUACUCGAGAGCGCUCCUUGGAAAGACCUUCAGAAGUGUCAGUGGAGAAGAGCUCUCCGUGUUCCAAGACAACUACAGUCGACUGAGAAUCAGGAGCAGCAUUAACACAGCGACUAUUAUAAACACUGAUGCCACGCUAUUCAAUGGAGUGGUUCACGCUAUCGACUCCGUUAUUUAG